UUGAAAUGCAACAUAACGAGAGAAAUAAAAAAAUUGAAGAUCUUAAAAAUUAUUUGAUAGAUGCAGAAACUCGCAUAAAAAAUAUUUUAGAAAAAUUAAAUUGGAAUAAAGAAGAUACUCUAAAAGAAUUCAAUUCCAAUUCUGGAAUCAAAACGGAAAAUAAUAAAGAGGAUUCCGAAGACCUACUUUAUCCUGAAACAUAUAAGCAACUGCAUACUAUAACUCUAGAUCAGAAAGAUUUAUCGAAAAUUUUUCAAGAUGACAAUACAAAUAGUGAAAUACCAAAAGAACUUCCAAAUAAAUUUUCCGAUAUGCAAACGAAAUUUGAUCGAAAACAAAAAUUAAAAAUUUAUGAUUAUGUUAUUGAGAAAACUGGAAAAUAUUCUGAACCCGAAAUCUUUUCAUUGCCGACCAAAGAAGAAAAUUCAAAGGAGGAACGAAGAUCUUUUGCUAACAUUGUUGCUUUGCGCAGAGAUAUAAAACGACGCCGUUUAAAAUACAGAAUAGGAAAAGAUCCCCCAUUAUCUACUACAGAAGAAUUUAGAAAUCUAAUUGAAAUUCAAAUGGGUGCAUUAGAAGAAUAUAAUAACAAAAAAAAUUUGAAAAAAUAUAAAACAAAAUGUAGUUCAUCAGUUGAUCAAACAAAUAACAAUAACGUUUAUACGAAAGAAAGAAAACAUUCAAUAUACCAAAAAGAUAAGACGAGUAGAGAGGAAGAUGUUUAUCAUAAAAGUCAUAAAAACUCUCAAAAAGUUAAUGAAGAUCGUGUUUUAACAUUGGAUAGUAAAAAUAGCAAACACAAGUUAUUACCUAGUCAUGAAGAGGAUUUACGUAAAAAUUAUAUCGCUAAGUACAAGAAAAGAUUUAGGGAAAAAAGUAAAUCAAAAGAGAGAAAAGAAAGUAAAAGUAGUAAAAAUUCUAAAAAAUCUAAAAAGAAAUCGAAAACGAAAGAUAGAGUACGGGAUAAAUCACCAAAUGUUAACCAUAAACAUAAAAAACGGAAAAAAGAUAAA